GGUUUGGGUAGUUCGGCCCCCGAAGAAGAGACAAUCCAAGGCGCCUCAUUGGGUGGCUGUUCAGCAGCUGACUGGGGAAGAGGGUGGGGAGAAAACGAGAGAACGCGAGCAAGGAAACCCAGAAGGCGGAUGGGAUGGCGGGGGAAGGGGAGACUUACUAUGGCAAGCACGGGACACCACAUAAAUAUGACCCAACUUUCAAAGGCCCCAUUUAUGACAGGGGCUGCACAGAUAUCAUCUGCUGUAUCCUGCUGCUGGUUGCAAUUGGGGGCUAUGUUGCAGUGGGUAUUGUGGCAUGGACACAAGGAGACCCUCGCAAGGUGAUUUAUCCAACAGAUAGUCGUGGUCAAUUCUGUGGGCAAAAGGGCACAUCCAAUGAGCAGAAACCUUACUUGUUCUACUUCAACAUCAUGAAAUGUGCUAGCCCUUUGGUGUUGCUGGAAUUUCAGUGUCCUACUACACAGAUUUGUGUGAGCAAGUGUCCAGAUAGGUAUAUCACUUUUCUACAGGCCUCCAGUAUCGACCACACAGUAACCCAGGAACUAAAAUAUUAUCAACAGUUUUGUGUCCCAGAGUUUACUGAUCUGAAGAAGAGUGCACCUGAAGUGUUGAAAGACGGUGAAUGUCCAGCCAUGCUUACACCAAGCAAGCCCUUGGCUCGUAGAUGUUUACCUGCAAUCAAUAGUAAGAAAGGUGUUAUCAUGGUUGGAAACGCAACAACUUUUGAUGAUGGAAGUGGAAGUGGGAAGAAAAGGAAUGUGACAGAACUUCUGGAAGGGGCCAAAAAGGCAAAUGUUCUUCUGGAGACAAGACAAGUAGCUAUGAAAAUCUUUGAAGAUUACACCGUUUCCUGGUACUGGAUAAUAAUAGGCCUCGUGAUUUCCAUGGUAGUCAGCCUUGUAUUUAUUGUUCUGCUCCGAUUCCUGGCAGGGAUCAUGAUUUGGGUGAUGAUUGUACUGGUGAUCCUGGUGCUUGGAUAUGGGAUAUUUCAUUGUUAUAUGGAAUAUGCUCAUCUGAAAGGACAGACUGGUUCUGAUGUCUCCUUGAUGGAACUUGGAUUCCAGACAGAUUUUCGUGUCUAUCUCCAUCUGAAACAAACUUGGUUAGCUUUCAUGAUCAUCCUAUGCAUUAUGGAAGUUAUCAUCAUCCUACUGCUUAUCUUCUUGCGCAAGAGAAUCCUCAUUGCCAUUGCACUGAUCAAGGAAGCUAGCAGGGCUAUCGGACACAUCAUGACAUCACUUUUGUUUCCUCUGUGUACUUUCUUUCUGGUGUGUCUCUGCAUUGCUUACUGGGCUAGUACUGCUGUUUUCUUGUCUACCUCUAAUGAAGCUGUCUACAAGGUGUUUAAUGAUACAGAAUGCCAAUAUGCUGGAACAACUUGCAAACCAGAGACCUUCAGUACUUCCAACGUCACCAAGCUAUGCCCAGGAGCACGUUGUCGCUUUGCCUUCUAUGGUGGUGAGACUGCCUACCACAAGUAUCUCAUCGUCUUUCAGAUUUUCAAUAUUUUCAUGUUCUUUUGGCUGGCUAACUUUGUCAUUGCCUUGGGCCAAGUCACACUUGCUGGAGCCUUUGCAUCAUACUACUGGGCUUUUAAAAAACCUGAUGAUAUGCCAGCAUUUCCCCUCUUCUCCUCCUUUGGUCGAGCACUCAGGUAUCACACAGGUUCACUGGCCUUUGGAUCCCUAAUUCUUGCCAUUGUCCAGGUCAUUCGAGUCAUUCUGGAGUACUUGGAUCAUAAACUAAAAGCUUCUGAGAAUAUGUUUGCCAAGUUCCUUUUGACCUGUUUAAAAUGCUGCUUCUGGUGCCUGGAGAAGUUCAUCAAGUUUUUGAAUAGAAAUGCAUACAUUAUGAUUGCUAUUUAUGGUACCAAUUUCUGCACUUCUGCCAGGAACGCCUUUUCCUUGCUCAUGAGGAACAUAAUCAGAGUGGCUGUUUUGGAUAAAGUCACUGAUUUCCUGUUUUUCCUUGGAAAAAUCCUAAUUGUGGGAAGUGUUGGUAUCCUUGCUUUCUUUUUUUUUACCCAGAGAAUAAAACUGAUUCAAGACACAGCACCAACUCUCAAUUAUUACUGGGUCCCCAUUCUGACAGUGAUUGUGGGUUCCUACCUCAUUGCACAUGGAUUUUUCAGUGUAUAUGCCAUGUGUGUGGACACACUUUUCCUUUGUUUCUGCGAAGAUCUGGAAAGGAACGAUGGAACUCCUGAGCGGCCUUAUUACAUGUCCUCUGCAUUGAGUGAAAUCCUCCUGAAGGGAAGCCUAAAAUCUUCCAAAAGUGCUGAGAGUCAAGAAUAGGGACAAUGCACCAAUGGGAAAGAUGUAUGCAGGUGUCCCACUGCAAGCCUUCUAUGUGCAGAUGCUGUACCUUCAUGGGCAAAGUUUGAUAUUCUAAGAAAUGAUGGGUGCUCUUGACUUCCAUCAAACAAGUAGCUAUUGAUGGUAUAUACUAUAAUCUGUUUCUGUCCAGGAGAUUUACCAAAAGACUUGAAAUUGGAGGGCGAAUGUGUUUAAAGUUGAAAAAAAUGCCUCAGUAUGAUUGUGCUGUUGCUGUCUUAACUAUGGUUGCUUUUGGCACAAUAUCUUGUCAAGUGUUUGUGCACUUGAUAGAUAUCUGUAUAGCAGCUGCUUGGAAAUAAAUAAAAUGCUUUAACAAGUAAGUUUGCUUACUUAAUAGUGUACCUUCCAUUGGUUGAAUAGAUUUAGAAUUAGUAUAUAAUUGCAAUUGCAGUUAUAUACAAACAGAAAUAAAUAGUGGGAUGAAGAUAACCAUGAUGAGCACCAUUUCUCUGAGAUUAGUUUCAGUUCUUUAAAAAUAUCUUGCUUCAUUACAAGUACUUUAUUGCUGCUUUAAACUAGAAGCAAACCCCUCCAGGGUAGGAAGUUCUUGGAGAGUCUUCUUCUGUCUUUCUGUUUCCAUGUGUUAUAUAGGGAUGCAAUCAACAAAAGGCAUAAAAGAUUAACACAACUGUUCUAAAGGGGGAAUGCUGAAAGAUUAAAAAAGACAGAUUCUUAUCUGCUAUUUGCAUAUUUCACUUGUAACACUUGGUGUUUUCCUACUUAUGAGUAGGAAUUUUUUUUCUAGGGAAGUUUAAUUUUAGAGAAGAAUAAUUUUCAGAUGUGAAUAAUUAAUAGGAAAUCUUCGUAUAACUCCACUUUUGCUUUGCUAAUGACAGUUUCUAUUAUCCAAUUUCUUUGUAUCCCAUGGGAGAAAAAAAGACUUCAGACUUCAUGGAUGUUGUCUGGAAUCUUUGAGAAUGGCAAGAUUUAUCCCCUUACUUUAAGACAGGGUUUUAAAAAGUCCAUAAUCAGAUCUUUUUGGGUGGAGAAAACUAACAUCCUUUCUGUUGACUACAGGAAGAGGAAAAUUCUCAAAUCAGAAUCAUUUUCAGUCUAAUUAUAUAUGUCCAUUAUAUGUACUUAUCUGCUCAUGGUAAGAUCUAAUCCCUAUUGCAAGCAGUGGUCAAGUUUCCCUUAAGUUCUAUAAACCAGGAUUACUCCUAUGUAAUGCUUAAGCUAUCUCCCCUGUGCUAGUCCCCAAAAGAUCUUUUCACAUCCCUUUGCUUGGGGAUUUGUGU